CUGUUCUGUCUGUUCCUUCGAAACUAAAAUCGCAUAUAAACCUUUGACUCUGUGAAAACGUUAUUUCUCGUAAGUAUCUGAAACAUUGCGUCUAAAUACACUUUGUUUUUCCUCAGUAAUAAACUAUUAGUACAAUGGAUCCCAGUAUUGGGAAAGGACCAGUCUCAAAUCAUUCCAUGCAUCCAGAAGCAAUUGGACGUGGUGGUAUGACCCAUUCAGCCCUGGAAGCUCUGCUGCUGGAUCCAGGGACAUUAGCUGGACAUGUAAUCCCGGGCUUGCUGUUCAUGUUCUUCGGCUUGUUUUGGACCUACAGUAUCCUUUACAAGUAUCACGUUGCAAGGAGAGGAGCCAUUCUGCUUGGCAAAGGAAGUUAUAAAUCUAGUCAUAAAAACACCCUCUUCUCGACUUAUUACGCUUGCCACUGCACCAACGUUUCAGUGGACGCCAUCAUCGCCUUCGUCUGCGCUAUUAUUGUUUUCAUUGGUGAAUUUAUUUGGGGGUUCAGAGGGGGCGAGUUCGUUGUGAUGUCCAACACGCAUCACAUGUGCAUUUAUUUCUUCUACGGGCUCGCUGCCUUCAUUCACAUCCUCGUGUGCCGCAAGCAUCCCAUCCCUGCUGACUCCGACUACGCGGCGAUGAUCGUCGCAUGCAUAGUGGAGGCGCUGAUGUUCCAGGGCCACAUCGAUGGUCGGGGACCAAUCAAUGCCAAGAUACACAUGUUGCUGGUGUACACUGUUACGGUGUCGGCCGGUUUUCUGGUGCUGGAGAUGGCUGCGCGGCGCAAUGUUUUAAUCUGCCUUGCGAGAGCUUCAAGUUUUUUAGUGCAGGGCCAAUGGUUCUUCACGGGAGGCUUCAUCUUGUACCCUCCAUCGUUCAUGCCAACUUGGGAUGACAACAGCCGACCACAAAUGGCGCUGGUAACAACGCUAUUUGCCGUCAAUAUUGCGUUAGCCAUUAUUGGCACAUUGAUGAUGAAUUAUUCCAUUGUUUUGCGAGUAAAUUGUAUGGAUGCGCACACCAUCAGUCGGAUUUUAAACAAGUCGGAUAUGCGGAGUCAAAUAAAUUCAUUGCCAAACAUUGAUCCGGGGAAGCCGCUGAUUUCAGAAUCCGAUGGCGAAUGCUAGGGAAAGCUUAGAGCUCACGUUUCUGAUAGACAAACAUUAGAGCACGAACAGUGUGUUAAUGCGAUACGCCCAUUUGCCAAGGCAGACCUAAUACUGUUGAUGACCAGCACAAGCAUUUCUUUGAGUUAGCGAGCCUUUGAAAAAUUGCGCCUGAUAAAGUACCAUAAGGAAAGUACUAUAACAGCCUCCCUGAUUACAUCGUUGGCGCUUGAACGCGCUUGAACGCGUUGGCGCUUGACUUGAACGCUUGAACGCGUUUAAGUGAACUAGAACGCUUGAACGCGUUCAAGAACAGA